AUGUCGCCCCUAUCAUUCGGGCUAGAGUUAUCCGUAGAAAAGAUCUCCGAAUCGGAAGAUGGCAUGCUGGCGCAAUUUGAAUCGACAGAGCCUCUCCAACAGCGUUCUUCAACUGCUCACGGUGAAAGAAGUGCUGGAAAAACAUUUCAAACGUUCCGCUCCAGAAACUCACUGGAUUCUCCACGAAGUGUUGGGAACAAUUUGGAAUCAGACCAAGCGGUCCUCCAAGUUGCCCCUUCAAGUCUGGCAUGCGUGGAUCUGCAAUUGAAUCCCACUUCAGUACGCUUGGGAAAGUUCACUAACCUUGCAGUCAUCAGUCUUCUCUCCAGCGCUGCCGUGGCUCAAGACUGGCAAGCAGCAGUAGUCGCCGCCGAAGCCCUCGCAUCCCAAUACGCCUCGGAGAUCAGCAGGCGACAAUCAUGGGAAGACUUCGCUAACGCCGCUGAAGCAGCAACAUCCGCAGCCGUCAUCUCCGCACAAGCGCUUGCCUCGGGUUACAAAGCACAAUACGGAAAGCGAGCCCCUCAAGGUGGUUAUCAAUCAAACGUCGCUUCCGCCACCUCGUACUCGAAUUCAGUCACGCUCGGCAGCGAAUUAUGGUGCAACGGUUUGCGAGCCACUAUAAUUUUGAAGCAUCUUCGGUUGUUUCAUCGGCGCUGGGUGUUGCGAGUUCGGCUACAGACGACAAGGGAAGCAAGUCCUAUUGUUUCAUCUGCUAUGAUUUUUGCCGGUACUGCUGGUGGCUCUGAGGGGUCGACAUCGAGUGCUGUUUCAUCUGCAAACGGUGUGGUAUCAAGUACUGCAUCUUCGCUUCAAGAGAUGCUUCCAGUCCUAUAA